GACAGACGCAGAUUAAUCAAAAUCCAAAAUCCAAAAUCUGUGCUCUGUGUUCAAAAUCAUAUGGUUGUCAAUUUUUUAAUGCCGAAUUUUGCUUGUAAUGAUUUCAUUUUUUAAUUAUAUUACAAAUUCUUCAAUUUUUCAUGGAGUGUUUAUUUAUUUAAACACCAUACAGGCGUACCUUUGUGAUUCGGUAAAGGUUUUACGCGAACCUGAUCAGUUGACAGUAGGUGCUUUAGAGUUUGACGACUUCCAGCUAAAGUUGUUAAAAAUAUUCUUUGCUUUUUUGAUACUUAAUUUGUUCUUGAUAUUUGUUGCGUGGAAAUACUACGGAAGGGAUAUUCACGAAAGAUUUAUUAAGCCAACAAGUAAUAGGGAAAUAGAAGAACUCAGAGCCAGUGUUUCAAAGCUUAAGCUCCCUAAGGAGCACACUCCGAGAAUAUAAAGCUUUAACAAUGACAGAGAAAAUAUCAGACAAGGUAAAAAAAUUCUUCCAAAAGAAGAAAGCCGAUGCAAAAUUUAAAAUGGCAGGACCUGGACAUAAAUUAACUGAAUCGUCAUCUACUGCUGUUUCAUCAAGUAAGAAGCCAGGUUAUGUUCCACCACAAAGAUCAGGACCAUCUGAUGUAAACAGGCAAGCUGCAGAAGCUGCACUUGCACGAUUGACUACUCAAUCAAAAAGCACCCCAUUUAAUACUUCAUUAGCUGCAAUACAAGCAAAGGUUAAACGAGAACUAGAAGCUGAAAGGAAAAAUAAUGCCGAAUUUAAUGAAAUACCUCUAGGUCCUAAACAAAUUGACCUAGAAACAUCUUCUCAUUUAGCAGUUAAAGGCGUCUAUUUCAAGUGCCCAUUAGUAAGUGAUGAAAUUUUAUCUAAAGAAGAAUGGAAAGUAAAGAUAAAAGAAUUUUUGUUCGCAGCUCUAGAAGAAGAGAGAGGUAUAACAGCUUGCCUAAUUUUGUAUUCCUGUAAUUAUAAUAGAUCAAAGGUUACAGAGUGCGUGAAUAUACUAUGUAGGUACAUAGACAACAUCAUAGGGAAUCCCACAGAAACUAAAUUCCAUAAGAUCAGGUGUUCUAAUGCCACAUUUGUAGAAAAGGUCACACCAUUAUUGGGAGCCAUCGAAUUCUUAUAUGCAGCUGGAUUUCGGCAGCAAAAGUUAGAUCAUAACGGUGUUGAAGAAGACUUUUGGGUUUGGUCUGAAGAAAAUAUUGAUGGUUUACAGACACUAGAGUUUUUGAGAGAUGCCUUAAAAUCCGAAAACAGAGUCGAACUGGAAUUAGACAGAAAUGUACAGAUUCUUUCCCCAGCCCAGGCAUCUGUAAAAAUUGAUCUACCCAAAGAUUUUUAUGCAAUAUCGCCAGACGAACUUAAAAGAGAACAGCAGUCGAGAUCUGAAAUAGCAGAAAAACAAUUGCAAUUAAGAACUAAAGCUAUGAGAGAAAAAGAUGAACUGAGAGAGAUAAGGAAAUAUAAAUUUUCUCUUAUAAGAGUGAGGUUUCCUGAUGGAAUAUACUUACAGGGAACUUUUUCAGUGUACGAAAAAUUUAUAGAUAUACUAGAAUUCGUCAGAGACAGUUUAGAGCAUGACGGCCUGCCCUUCGUUCUUACAGCACCAACAGGCUUAAGGUUUGAAGAUAAGGAUUACGACAGUACAUUAGCAGAUCUGCGUCUUGUUCCAGCAACAAUUUUAAUUUUCCAAUGGGAUCCAGCAUUUGACGAAGAAAUAAAAGCUUCUGGUAACAUCACCUACCUGAAACCUGACAUUUUGAUGCUGAUGCAGGAACUUUAAUGCAUUUGAAAUUAAUGUUAAUCAGUUAUCUUAAUGGCUAUUCUUAAUUUAUUAUUAAUAAUUUCGGCUUAGUUGGACCGAAUAACUUGGACCAUUAUUUAUGAUUAAUUUAAUCAAAACUAAAUUAUAUAUUUAUUCACUUAUAUCUACAGAUAUGAAAUUAAUUUUUUAACAUAAUUUGUGUAGUUCCAGAAAAAAAAUAGUUAAUGUUGUUAUAUAUUUUUAAAUUUCAGAUAAAUAAAACUAGUCAUAAUAGAACUGAGACAUUAUUUUAAACUUUCAUGUCUAUAUUUGCACAUUUGCAAGAGAUAUUUAAAAAAUAUUUACACAUUACUUUUUAUACACCCUUCAAAUAUUGUGUGCUGCUUUAUCAUUGUUAAGUUUUAUUACCGGUUUUACUUUUUUAAAUGUGUGAUAUUAAAUAUACUGUUAAAAAUAUCAGAGUUUAAUUUUGA